CGCUUGCUAAACCUGCCCAACCGGUUUGCCAACCUCCUGUCCCGGUUUUCAACUGCCGGACAAAACGGAAAGCUUAAAAAGUCCCAAAUCUUCCCUACACAACAACAUCUGAAACUCCCAGAAUUCUCUCUUAAGGUUUACACUGCCGCCGCUAGCAAAUAUGAGCGCCGAUGACGGUUUUGGCGUGCACUACGACACCGACGAUGAUUACCUGGACGCCGAAGUAGAAGAUGAUGAUACCGCCGGCCUCUUGGCAGAAGAAGCUGACAGCCUUAGGCCGGCGGAACUUCCUUAUCAGGUACUAAAGGAAGACGAAAUCCGGCGGCGGAUGGAGGACGAGAUCGGCCAACUAUCCGCCUUGCUCUGCCUCUCCAAUUCCGAGGCCAGCAUCCUCCUCCGCCACUCCAAUUGGGACGCCUACAAGCUUCAGGACUCAUGGUUCACCAACGAAUCCGAGCUCCGCCACAGAGUUGGUCUCUCCGCCACGGAUAACCCUACCGCCGCCGCGGCGGCCAAUCAAUCGGACUGCAGAAUCUGCUUCGACUCCUUCUCUCCCGAUUCGUUCAAUUCCGCCGCUUGCGGCCACCAAUUCUGCCGCGACUGUUGGAGGCAGUACUUCGCCACGAGCGUCAACGGCGGCCCCGGAACCCUAAAUCUGAGGUGUCCCGAGCCGUCGUGCACGAUCGCCGUUACGGAAGACCUAAUCAACAAAAUCGCCGACGAAAUCGAUCGAAAGAGAUACCAAAAGUACCUCCUUCGAUCGUACGUCGAAGAGAACAGGAAAUUGAAGUGGUGCCCCGCGGCGGGCUGCGAACACGCCGUCCAAUUCGCCGCCGCGGCGGGCGACCCCAACUACGACGUCUCCUGCCUCUGCUCCCACGCCUUCUGCUGGAACUGCUGCGAGGAGCCCCACCGCCCGGUCAAUUGCAUCACCGUGAAGAACUGGAUCGCAAAAAACGAUUUGGAAUCGGCGAACGAGAAUUGGAAGAAAGCGUACACGAAGCCCUGCCCCAAUUGCUCGAAACCGAUCGAGAAGAACGCCGGAUGUAUGCGAAUGAAAUGCGCGGCGCCUUGCAACUACCAGUUCUGCUGGCUCUGCCUCCAGAAUUGGGACGUCCACGGCUACGGCGGCUGCAAUCAGUACCAGCCGCCGGAGGAUUCCACAUUGCCCCAAUUGAGAGCCGAAUUGCAGAGAUACCAGCACUACUACGACCGGUGGGCGGCCAACGAGAAAUCGAGGCAAAUCGCUGCCAAGGAUUUGGCCGAAGUGAGGGGAUUGGAUGAGAGUGGCGACACUAAGUUGUUCAUCGAAGCUUGGGAGCAGAUUGUGGAGUGCAGGAGGGUUUUGAAGUGGACUUAUGCUUAUGGGUUCUAUGUUGUUGGUGGGAGGAAGGAGUUCUUCGAGUAUUUGCAGGGGCAGGCUUAUACGUGUUUGGAGAGGCUCCAUGGCUGUGCCGAGAAGGGGAUGAAGCGUUUCGUAAGCGAUGGGAGGAUUCGAGACGACGAUGGAGAUGGUGAGUACGUUUCGUUUCGGAUUAAGCUGCUGGAGCUGACUAAGUUGAGCAAGACUUACUUUGAGAAUCUGGUGGCGGCGCUGGAGAAUGGGUUGGCGGGUGAUAUUGACGGCGGAAGCCGCGGCGGUGCUUCUAGUGGUGACAGUGGUUUGGGGCGGCGCGUGGGGUUGAAGGAUCGGCGACGAAGUGGGAGAGUGGUGGUUAAUGAAGAAGAGUAUCCCAAGCUGGAAAGGCUGGGGCUUCUGAAGGCCAGAAGAAGCCGACUUUCUUAGCUUGUUGGUAUUUUUUUCUUUUCUAAAUAAGAGAAAUAUAGUUUUUUUUAUAAUUAGAUGUUAUGUAAGGGAUUGAAAUCUAAUCUAAGACUAGUGAUUAUUUUUUUGUUGGUUAAUCAAAUUUUAAAGACAAU